AUGCAAGCAACUGCCGGAGCCGCCGUUUCAUCAGGGUAUGUUCAAAGCAACGACCCAAAGCCGUCGACGUCCAUUUCCGAUCGUGCCCGAGACGAGUCUCCACCGGUUCCCAAACCCGAUAGCGAGCCGGGCCCUUCAGCUUCGGUCGUGAAGACUAGCGUUCCGCUGUUAGUUUGCAGAGGAGUGGUGACCGGAGGGAAGUUUAAGUUGACUGUUUAUUACGAACAUGACGGAGAAGAGAGUGACGUUAACGUUAACGGCGGUGGCGCCGACUGUAACGAGUGGUGGGGGAGUUGGGAGGGAGUGUUGAAAUUGAGGAACGGGGGCGGCGGUGUUAGUGCUAGUACUGAUGUUCGUCUGUUGAUAACUUAG